AUGGCCAACGCCACCCUCGGCGCUCCUCCUUUCUUCAUCUCCUCACGGCCGGCGCCAGCGCAGGCCCGGACGGCGAGGAGGAGGACAACGAGGCCCUUCCUUCGCCCCGCUUGCGCCUACGCUCUGCAAGAGGGCCAGUCCCGCCGCUUCCACCGCCUGCCGUGCGGCCUCGACCUCGAGGUCAUCGCGCAGUGCCCGCCGGCGGCGGAAGAGCGCACGCCCCUGGUGUUCGUGCACGGGAGCUUCCACGCGGCCUGGUGCUGGGCUGAGCACUGGCUUCCCUUCUUCUCGCGGGCCGGGUUCCCCUGCUACGCCCUCAGCCUCCGCGCGCAGGGUGAAAGCAGUGUUCCACAGGAGGUAGUGGCAGGCACUCUUGAGACACAUACUGGUGAUAUUGCUGAUUUCAUCCAGAAGGAGCUCCCCUUGCCACCUGUACUAAUUGGACAUUCAUUCGGAGGCUUGAUUGUGCAGCAAUAUACAUCAUGCUUGCAAGCACUUCUGCAUCCAAAGCUUGCUGGUGCUGUCCUUGUAUGUUCUGUGCCUCCCUCAGGAAACAGUGGGUUGGUAUGGCGUUACCUUUUUACUAAACCAAUAGCUGCAGUCAAGGUGACUCUCAGCUUGGCUGCAAAAGCAUAUGCAAAUUCAUUGUCGCUCUGUAAGGAAACAUUUUUCUCAGCACAAAUGGAUGAUGAACUUGUGUUAAGGUACCAAGCAUUAAUGAAGGAGAGCUCAAAAUUGCCACUGUUUGACUUACGGAAGCUAAAUGCAUCAUUGCCUGUACCUUCUGUGCCACAAAGUACCACAGAAAUUCUUGUCAUGGGUGCAAGAAAUGAUUUCAUUGUUGAUUCUGAAGGGCUUUAUGAAACUUCAAGAUUUUACGGAGUGCAACCAGUAUGUGUGGAAGGUGUAGCUCAUGACAUGAUGUUAGAUUGCUCGUGGGAUAAAGGAGCUGAAAUAAUCUUGACGUGGUUAGAGAAACUCACACCAUGA